GGCCAGGCUGGGACGCUGCUUUCCCCGGGGAGGCUCCGCGGCGCCCGGCCAGGCCCCUCCCUCCUUUCCCCGCAUCGGGACCGUCGGACCCAGCCCACAUGGCGCCCCCGGAGCCAGGCAGUGGGAGGUCCCAGCAGGAGAAUCAGAAGGGCCAGAGCUACCGCACAAUGGGACCCCCAGAAUCGCAGCUGCAUCGGGAUCAGACGUACCUGGAUGAGAAGAUCGCCAUCCCGGAUGUGGGAGGGCCCGGCUUCAGUUUCCGGAAGCUGUGGGCUUUCACCGGCCCCGGGUUCCUCAUGAGCAUUGCCUUCCUGGACCCCGGGAACAUCGAGUCGGACCUGCAGUGCGGCGCCGUCGCUGGGUUCAAGCUGCUGUGGGUGCUGCUCUGGGCCACCAUCCUGGGGCUGCUGUGCCAGCGGCUGGCGAUCAGGCUGGGCGUCGUCACGGGGCUGGACCUGGGCGAGGUCUGCUACCAGUACUACCCAAAGGUACCGCGCGUGCUGCUCUGGGUCAUGAUCGAGAUCGCCAUCAUUGGCUCCGACAUGCAGGAGGUGAUCGGGACGGCCAUCGCUUUCAGCCUUCUCUCGGCUGGACGCAUCCCCCUGUGGGGCGGAGUCCUCAUCACCAUCAUCGACACCCUCUUCUUCCUCUUCCUGGAUAAAUACGGUCUCCGGAAGCUGGAAGCCUUUUUCGGUCUCCUGAUCACAAUCAUGGCAGUGACCUUUGGCUACGAGUACGUGGUGGUACAGCCUGCCCAGACGGAGGUGCUGAAGGGCAUAUUCUUCCCCUACUGCCGCGGCUGCGGGCGGGAGGAGCUGCUGCAGGCCGUGGGCAUCGUGGGCGCAAUCAUCAUGCCACACAACAUCUACCUCCACUCCUCCCUGGUCAAGACCCGCGAAGUGACGCGCUCCCAGAGGCAGGAGGUGAGCGAAGCCAACAAGUACUUCCUGAUCGAGUCCUGCAUCGCCCUCUUCGUCUCCUUCCUCAUCAACCUCUUCGUCAUGGCCGUCUUCGGACAGGCCUUCUACCACCGCACCAACCAGGACGUGUACAACGUUUGCGCCAACAGCAGCGUCAGCCAGUACGCCCCCAUCUUCCCCAGGAACAACGAGACGGUCUCCGUGGACAUCUACCAAGGGGGCGUCAUUCUGGGCUGUUACUUCGGCUCUGUUGCUCUCUACAUCUGGGCCAUCGGGAUUCUGGCAGCAGGGCAGAGUUCCACCAUGACCGGGACCUACGCUGGGCAGUUUGUCAUGGAGGGGUUCCUGCAGCUCCGCUGGUCCCGCUUUGCCCGCGUACUCUUCACCCGCUCCUUCGCCAUCCUCCCCACCGUCUUCAUCGCCGCCUUCAAGGACGUCAGCCACCUGACGGGGAUGAACGACCUUCUCAAUGUGCUGCAGAGCAUCCUGCUCCCCUUCGCCGUCCUCCCAGUUCUCACCUUCACCAGCAUGCGGCCGCUCAUGCAGGAGUUCACCAACGGCGUUGUUGGGAAGGUGCUGAUGAUCCUCAUCACCGGGCUGAUCUGCGCCAUUAACCUCUACUUUGUGGUGAUCUACAUCCCUACGCUGGGCAGCAUUGCCUACUACAUCCCCCUGGGCUUCGUGCUGGCCGGCUAUGUGGCCUUCACCGCCUACCUGAUCUGGACGUGCUGCAUUGCACACGGAGCCAACUUCCUGGCCUGCGGACGCCACAGCCAGUUCUCCUAUGGGCUCCCCUCCACCGACCCGCCAGGCUGGGCAGGGACCCGAUGACACCUCGUGCCCUGCCCGCUGGGCACUCGCGCCACAGGCCUAGGCUGCCUCUGGGUCUGUCACCAUCCCAGGAGGGAACGAAGCCAUCGCCACGCAGUCACCGGCAGGGCCGGGGUUCAGGGCUGGGCUCCCCACUCCCCCCACGGACUGACAGACAUGCAGCAUCCCUGGGCAUCUCCCCUUCUCAGCAAGCUCAGGGCGUGGGGGGAUGGUACUGACCAAUCAGCACCUUCGUGGGCACCUGUGAUCACACACACCCCCGCCACCCCAGCUCUGCCAGUGCCCCUCAGUCCUGACCCACAGCCCCCUGCUAGCCUAGUCCUGGUCCCCCCGAGUGCUGCUGGUGCCCCUCAAUCCCGACCUGCAGCUCUUGUUUAACGUCCAGACAGGGCCGGCGCUUCCAUUUAGGCA